UAUUGUAUAUACUUUAAUUUAUUUAUUACUUAUAUUUAUAUCCGAAUUAAGGAAGGAGACGAAUGGAAAAUAGUAUUUUAUAUAUUUUAUAAAUAUUAUAAAUACUUUGUUAUACCCUUUGGGUUAAUUAAUAUACCUACAAUAUUUUAA